CUGCGCCAGCACACACACACGAGACACACACGCACACAAACGCGCACUCAACUUCCACAGUUUCUUUAUUUUCUGCAGGAAAAUUAGAAGCGAAACGACACGAAAUUCACAGUGAACGCGAGGCGGAUUCGCGACCAUAACGUAAUCAGAAUCUCGCUGGUGAUCCGGAGGCCAAGCGCCCACUGUGCGAUGCUAACAAUUGGCCAACAAACAGCUACCGCCGUCCAAUAACCAAUAGCGUAUUCGAUUUUCAAGUCGGAGUUGCGGAACGGAACCAAAUCGGUCAAUCGCCAGUCAUCGUACGUGGCGGUAUUCGCAGUUUCGAAGCAGGUGCUCCAUCCGGCCGGAGGAGUGUAUCACGAUUCCGGAACCGGUCGCCACCAUGACGGACGCCGCUGGCAAUGCGCUAGCCGAGAAGGGCCUGCCGGAGAUGAAAGGUUGGCUUCUAAAGUGGACUAACUACAUCAAGGGCUAUCAGCGCAGGUGGUUCGUCCUUUCGAAAGGCGUGCUGAGCUACUACCGCAAUCAAACGGAGAUUAACCACACGUGUCGGGGAACCAUCUCGCUGCACGGGGCCCUCAUCCACACGGUGGACUCGUGCACAUUCGUCAUCUCGAACGGCGGCACCCAGACGUUCCACAUUAAGGCCGGUACCGAAGUGGAGCGCCAAUCUUGGGUCACUGCCCUGGAACUUGCUAAGGCGAAGGCUAUCCGGGCCAUUGAGAGCGAGGAGGAGGAGGAGACGGAGACAGCGCAUGUAGUGCCCAGCCAGGAGAUUAGUUCUGUGGUUCGAGAUCUCACCGAACGCCUGGAGAAUAUGCGCACCUGCUACGACCUGAUCAACAAGCACGGCGCCGCCCUUCAGCGCGCUCUUAAUGAUCUAGAAACCAACGAAGAGGAGUCGCUGGCCAGCCGUAUGAAAAUCGUCAAUGAGCGGGCCACCCUCUUCCGGAUCACCUCGAAUGCGAUGAUCAAUGCCAGCAAAGACUACCUUCAUUCGGCGGAAGCCCAGGGACAUAAGUGGUCGAAAAUGCUGCAACACGAACGAGAGCAGCGCCAGCGGUUGGAGGAGAUGGUCGAGCAGAUGGCUAAGCAGCAGUCCCAGAUGGAACAGGCCGCUGUCAUGGUGCGCCAGAAUAAGCUGGUGCCGUCCAAUUCAGGUGGUGGUACAGCCGGUUCCCUAGUGACCUCUGAUGACGAGGUGGAGUUCUUUGACGCCGAGGAGCACGGUUACACUGGUGCCAGCCGCUCCGCGGAAUCGCUGGAUCGGGAGCGAGGUACCUUUAUCUUGAAAAUGAACAAGCGGCGCAGUAGCAGCGAGGACCAGGUGGAAGGCCAAUUGGAGGGAAGCUCGUCGGAGAGCGACGAACAGAAACGCACCGUGCAAACAGUUCAGCAGGUGUGUUUAGUGAGCGCGCCACGUGUGGCCUCUGGAGGGCAGGGCGAUGAUGACGACGUGGACAAAGCGGUGCCAGCCAAGCAAAGCACGGACUCUAUCUACGGACGCAACUGGAACCCGGAUCUUAUGAAGAAACGGCGCGAUCGAGUACCAGAUAAACCGAACCACUCCAUUAGUCUUUGGGGCAUCAUGAAGAACUGCAUCGGCAAGGAUCUGUCCAAAAUUCCUAUGCCUAUAAACUUUAACGAGCCGCUAUCAAUGCUUCAGCGCCUAGUGGAGGACUACGAGUACUCAGAGAUUCUCGACUACGCGGCCACAUGUCAGGAUGAGUGCGAGCAGCUGGCCUACUUGGCCGCCUUCACUGUGUCCGCCUACGCCACGACCACGAACCGUACCGGUAAGCCCUUUAAUCCGCUCCUGGGCGAGACAUACGAGUGCGACCGCAUGGAUGACUACGGCUGGAGGUGCCUGGCAGAGCAGGUUUCUCACCAUCCACCUGUGGCAGCGCUCCAUUGCGAGAGCAAGAAUUGGACGUGCUGGCAAGAGUUCUCCAUGACCAGCAAGUUCCGCGGCAAGUACGUUCAAAUUAAUCCUCUGGGCGGCGUCUAUGUGCAAUUUCAGAACAGCGGCAGGCGUUAUGCCUGGCGCAAGGUGACAACCACGGUCAACAACAUCAUUGUGGGCCGUCUGUGGGUUGACCAGCAUGGCGAAAUGGAAAUCCGGGGAUCACAGGCUGCAGAAGGACUCAAAUGCAUCCUUAACUUUAUCCCCUACUCGUACUUCAGUCGCGAUGUGCAAAGGAGCGUAAAGGGUGUGGUGAUGAACAAGGACAACGAGGUAAAAUGGGUGGUGCGAGGUACUUGGGACUUGAAGAUCGAGAUCGCACCGGUGCUGAAGACUACAGGAUCCCCCAGUAGUCCAACAUAUACUACGGGCGAGUUUAAGCUGGCCUGGCGCCGCCGACCUGCUCCACCGGACUCUGAGAAGUUCUACAACUUCACCACAUUAGCCUGCCAGCUUAAUGAAGAAGAGGAGGGCGUGGCGCCGACGGAUUCACGUCUGCGUCCCGACCAGAGGCUCAUGGAGCAAGGCAGAUGGGACGAAUCGAACCAGGAAAAAUUGCGCCUGGAGGACAAGCAGCGACAAGAGCGACGCCGGCGAGAGAACGAAGCGGAGGAGGCAGCGGCGGAGGGACGGCCGUAUCCAGCCUAUGAGCCCAUGUGGUUUAAACGCGAACAGCAGGAGGGCAGCGAGGAAUAUGUGCACGUGUAUAAGAACACCUACUGGGAGGCCAAGGCGGAGCAGAACUUUGAAGGCUGUCCAGAGAUAUACUAGACAGAAGUAGCCAACGGAACAGCCAUGGGAGCAACUGCGGCCACUACCACACAUAGCAGCCUUAGCGAAUAUUCUAAAGAUUUCAAAUAUGCAGCCUCCACACCCAUUGCACACAACCGACACACUUAAGCGGAACACGCUCCGACGGAUUGCGGAGCAGCACAUACGCAUAUAGUAGUACCACACUUCGAUUUAGUGCAUAUAUAUAAAUUAAUUCCUGUAAACUAACCAAGUUCGAUCCAUACAUUUGCAUCGAAAUUUACUAUGAUUAUAUCUGUUCUGACUUUCGGUUCCCCCCUCCCCAAUUUCUAGUGGCUUUCCAAACGAGGGCUAGACAAGUGAAAGCUUUUAAUCCGUGUUUUUGCUCUAAACCACUAGAUACCUUUCCUUUCCGCAGAAUGCAUAUUUCGCCUUUGUUGUGUAUAUAUUAUAUAUCGAACCGAAUCGAGAGCCGAGGAAGGAGCGAGAGAAUAUGUUAAAUGUUAUAAAUUUAUGCAAUUUAUUAUUAAAGUAUUAUUUAAAUAAAGCAA